AUGUUCAUAUUUGGCGUUGGCCGCCGGUGCCCAGGAAUUUCCCGUCAUGCUCCCCGGGCGGCGGGCCCGUCACUGCGAUCCCGGGGGGCGGGAGGGGCCGGGGCCGCUCGCUCGCUCGCUCCCUCGGGCCUCCCCUCAUGCGCGCUGCGCCGCCGCCGCCGCCGCUGCUCCUCUCUGUGCUUUGCCUGGUGCUGGCGGCCGCCGCAGGAGCCGCAGCUCUUGCCCCUGUUCUUUGCCUCUGGUUUUGUUGGUGAGGAUAUCACAGUGAUGUCUGCAUUCAACCUGCUGCAUUUGGUGACAAAGAGCCAGCCAGUGGCCCUGCGAGCCUGUGGGCUUCCCUCAGGGUCAUGUAGGGAUAAAAAGGACUAUAAGGUGGUCUUUUCCCAGGAGGAGCUGAGGAAGCGGCUGACGCCCUUGCAAUACCAUGUCACUCAGGAGAAGGGGACCGAAAGUGCCUUUGAGGGGGAGUACACCCAUCACAAAGCUCAAGGAACAUACAAAUGUGUUGUUUGUGGGACUCCUUUAUUCAAGUCAGAAACAAAGUUUGACUCCAAUUCAGGUUGGCCUUCCUUCUAUGACGUGAUCAGUCCCGACGUGGUUACCUUCACCGAUGAUUUCUCCUAUGGGAUGCAUCGGACUGAAAUAUCCUGCAGUCAGUGUGGUGCUCACCUGGGGCAUAUUUUUGACGACGGACCUCGCCCAACUGGCAAACGCUACUGCACAAACUCUGCUUCCUUAUCUUUCAAGCCAGCAGACAAGAGCAGCGCCGGGGAAGGCAGCGGCAGCGCCGGUCCUGCCCAAACAGGCAAAGCUGAGCUGUAGCACGAAGCAAAGACUGCAGACAACUGCACUGAUCCCACACGGCUUACGAGGAAUGUUUUCUAAGUUGCCUGCUCUCUUAUAUCCUAAGAAUGUUUAAAUGUAUGAAAGCAGUUUGCACCAUCCUUCUUCUUCCUCACCUUUCCAGAGCUGAGGCCUUGCCUGCUGGUGCAUUUACCAUAUAACUGGGUUGAGAAAUGUGUAGACUGAUGCCACAGGUUUUCCUUUCCUUCCUUUUCCUUUGAGAUUGCUUUGGGGAGUCCUUCAGUCGAGAGGCUUUGGCAUCAUUAGUUGUUAGUUUCUUUUUAGUGCUGUGUUACCCUGGGUUUGAAAACUAUUCCUUUUUUUUAUUUGCCUGGGAGAUGAGACUUGUGUUUUAUCUCCUCCAGCCUAUAGGAAACUUCUGGGCACAAGAAAGAUCCUGAAUUCCUAGCACAUCUCUGCUCUGUCCUGACUUGCGAGGCAUGCAGCCUUUGGUCAUAUGUAUUCAGCCAUCUCCCAGCAUCAGCCACACCCUGCAGAAACUUGUAGUUAUGGCUGUGCCUUCCCAACUGAGAGAGAUGGAUGAGAUGCAGAGCCCUUUGUUUGGCUGAUUUACUGCCAAAGUUUCAAGGGUGUAGCUGAAAGGAUGUAAACAUUGUCUCAGCAUCUAUUCCCCACCCCCUUUGUUUGGUAUUUAACUCAAGGUUUUAACUAGUAAGGCCGACUUUUGCAGGCUGCUAACGAGGCUUUGUCCUUUUCUGAGGCUUGGUCAGCAGCAGCAACUGAAAUCUGAAUUAAAGCUGAAAUCUGCAGGGGCCAUUGUAUGGACAAGUACAGAGAUGAACUUGAGAACUGAAGUAGGUGAUGGAUGACACUUGUCUCAGGCUUCAUCCUGUCAGUUGCCAGGAGGAUGCAGAAAUGUGGCAGUUUCUGCUAAGAGGGAGUUUAGGAAUGAAUGCAGCAGAAAGAGGGAGACCCUCCUGGAGAAUCUAGUUGUAAAGAUUAGCUGGUCUGGUAGCAUACUGCCUGCACAGCCUUUCAUCUGUGCAGUUGGGGUUGCAGGACAUGAGUGAGUGGGUUGAUUUAAGAAAUUAUUUGGGGGG